GGCUAGCGAGCGCUUCGGCCUUCGGGAAAUCUCGCGAUGUUUGCAUUUGAACCUCUGGGCGGGUGCCGACGAUGGCGGCGUCGCUCCCGCGACCCGGGAAUCGCCUCUUCCGAACGUAUGGGGCGGCGGGCGGCGGGGGGGCGCGGCGGCGACCCGGCAGGGCAGCCGCGCCGUGGUUCCCGCCGAAAGACCGGAAGCGUUUAUUCAGCAGCAGCAGUAGCAGCGACGCCAGCGGCGGCGGCCCCUCGCGGUCUGUCGCUUCCGACGAUCCCGAUGACCCAGACUUCCUCGGCAUUCCGGUGGGUCGACAGCGGAGGCGCCCUGGCGGUCGAGUCUCCGAGGACCGGCCGAGUCUGAUCGUGACUCCGAGACGCCUCAGGCUGCGAGCUCGGCCUCCUCAGAACUGCAGCACCCCCUGCGGCCCGCUGGAACCACCACCCUUCUCUAACUGCAACCCGGGCCGCCUGAGCCCGAACUUCAGUGCGUGCAGCCAGCCCGGGGACGGCAGCGAGCUGGGCACCAGUGCCUCCCUGUUCAGCAGUUUGGCCUCUCCUGGCCCCGGCCUCCCAGCGCCAGGAGACAGUGUCCUCGGUACCGGCGCCCCCGCCUCUCUGGAUGCAGCCUCUGAAGUUCGGAGCGGCUUCCACCUCUCAGAAGCCUCCCUGGACCCAGCAUCCCUCCAGCGCCUCCAGGAGGCAGCAACGGGAAGAGGCAGGUUCACCAGGUUGGCCCAACAAGCCCAUGCCAACCUCAGGUCAGCUCUCUUUAGUGUUACGGACUCUGGAACCCCUGAGGAUUCUGAGAGCGGGGCAGUUUGGAGGAAUAUGAGGGAGUCUUGCUGUGAAAGGGAACAGGAGGGGAAGAGGCUGGAGAGGCCAGGUUUUUCAAGCAUGGGUAAGAAGAGAGCCACACACCAGGACUCUUGUCAACAUAUUGGGUCUACAGGGCCUGUCCAGAUAGACUGUGAGGUGGUGGAUGGCUGCAAGGGCUGUCUCCUACCUGGGGAAGUCAACAGGCCUGAGAGAACUGGGCGAAAAAGGAAGCUUCAGGAAACAGUAGAAAGCUCCCUUCUCCACUACCACCAGUUUAAGAAGGGCCAAAAGAUGGAAAGAGACUCAUUCAUCACCCAGGACCUGGCUCAUUUACAGAAUGCCUCUUGGACCAAAACCAGGGCUUCCUUCAGUUUCCACAAGAAGAAGACGGUGACUGCUGUGUCAGACGUAUGCAGUAGCUACACCCUUGCCAGUUCUCUCUCUGAGUCCCUCUUAUCUGAAUAUCCAAACCCUCCUGUUAUGAACAGAACAAACAGUGCUGCAUCCUCUUGGCACUGCUCUUCCAUGUAUUUGCUAACCCCCUUUAAGUCUUUACAUGUCACAGACAAAAAGGUAUCGGAUGCUGAAAAGGUUUAUGGGGAAUGCAAUCAGGAGGGUCCUGUCCCCUUUAGCCAUUGCCUUUCCACAGAAAAAUUGGAAUGCUGUCAAAAGAUUGGGGAAGGGGUGUUUGGUGAAGUGUUUCAAACCAUUGUUAAUCACACACCUGUUGCCCUAAAAAUCAUUGCUAUCGAAGGACCAGAUUUAGUCAACGGAGCCCAUCAGAAAACUUUUGAGGAAAUUCUGCCGGAGAUCAUCAUCUCCAAAGAGUUGAGCCUCUUGUCUGAUGAGGUGCACAACCGUACAGAAGGCUUUAUUGGUUUGAACUCCGUGCACUGUGUUCAAGGAUCUUACCCUCCCUUGCUCCUCAGAGCCUGGGACCAUUAUCACUCAACUAAAGGGUCUGCAAAUGACCGGCCUGACUUUUUUGAGGAAGACCAGCUCUUCAUUGUGCUGGAGUUUGAAUUUGGGGGGACUGACUUAGAACAAAUGAGAACAAAGUUGUCCUCCAUGGCUACUGCAAAGAGCAUUCUACACCAGAUUACAGCAUCUCUCGCAGUGGCCGAGGCAUCACUGCACUUUGAGCACCGAGACUUACACUGGGGGAACGUGCUCUUAAAGAAAACCAGCCUCAAAGAGCUCCACUACACCCUCAACGGGAACACGAGCACUAUCCCCACCCGGGGACUACAAGUCAAUAUCAUUGACUACACCCUGUCACGGCUGGAACGGGAUGGGAUUGUGGUGUUCUGUGACAUUUCCAUGGAUGAGGACCUAUUUUCAGGUAAAGGUGACUACCAGUUUGAGAUCUACAGGCUAAUGAGGAAGGAGAACAACAACUGCUGGGGUGAAUAUCACCCUUACAAUAAUGUGCUCUGGCUCCAUUACCUCACAGAUAAGAUUCUGAAACAGAUGACCUUCAAGACUAAAUGUAACACCCCUGCCAUGAAACAAAUGAAGAGAAAGAUGCAGCAUUUCUAUAGGACAAUGCUGAACUUCAGGUCUGCCACUGACCUGCUCUGCCAACACAGUCUAUUUAAGUGAGCCAGAGCUGCCUUACUGGCCCAAACUGAGAGGGUACUGGUAUUAAAGCCCUUGAUGCCAUUUUCAGUCUUCAUCCUUAGACCAGGGUGGACUUCCCAUUCUAAAUGUUUCUAAUCAGUUUUUUCAAAUAAGAAUUUGGUUUCCAAGUGGAAACUAGAAUGUUUUUGAAAUUAACAAGUAUUCUUUAAAAAUAAAUUAUAUAUGGGAACAAGUGA